AUGGCCACUGAACAGAACUGUGACACCACCCAUCAAAUGUUCGUUCCUGCGGAUAUCCUACAUCCUACUGUCCACGGCCUCAACUGCCUUCCUAUUGGCCAUCGUACACUCAUCCAUACGAUCAGAGAGCAAUCCUUGAGCACGUGUCCCGUGUUACGUGGUAACACAUCACUAACAGGCGUUUCAGCGAUCUCUAAAUCGAUGGGAAAUUUAAACAUGGCAUGUGCUGUCUGGCCACUUGGAAGCAGUGUGGCAGCGAUUCCCGACGACGCUAGAGCAAUGGCAAUGUUGCCUUGCCUCCUGACCUCUGCAAGAAAAACAUUUGUUGCCACUGGCAUACUUGCAGAGGUCAGGAGGCAAGGCAAAAUUGCCAUUGCUGUAGCGUCAUCGGGAAUCGCUGCCACACUGCUUCCGGGUGGCAAGACAGCACAUGCCAUGUUUAAAAUUCCCAUCGAUUUAAAGAGCGCCGAAACACCUGUUUGUGGUGUGUUACCACGUAACACGGGACACGUGCUCAAGGAUUGCUCUCUAAUCAUAUGGGAUGAGUGUAAAUUUCACAAAAGACGGUCUCCCUCUUUUACUGCACUUUCUGUAGAUAUGAAAUGUAAAGAAGAAACGGAGUAUACAUUCGACGCCAGAACUGGCAAAUGUUACAAGUUCCACCGUUUGGCCAGGACUUGGUCCCGUGCGUAUAUGAACUGUAUGGCAGAAGGAGCACACUUAGCAAUCAUCAACUCUGAUAUCGAAGCCAAAGUUCUCAAAGAGAUAUUUGAAAAGAAUCCAGCUGGUUCGAUCAUUGGAGGCGAAUAUGAGUCUAAUGCAUACAUUGGCUUCAACGCUUGGACUGAACGCAGUGAUUUUAGGACUAUUGAAGGACAAAUUUUAAAAGAGGCUGGUUACGAAAAAUAUUAUACUGGUGAGCCAACCAAUCUGGAUCCGGGAGAGUUCUGCGGUACCAUCUACAGAGCCGGUUUAAUCGGUGAACUGUGGUGCGAUAAAAGAAUCGCUUUCAUAUGCGAAAAGGAUCCAUCCAGCCUAUCCUGUGACGAUUACUGA